CCUGAACUGCAAACUUCAAUGUGAUGCUGAGCAAGUUCCUGAGCCCAUGCUACCACCAACUGGCCAAGAACUGGAUCCCCACAGCGGGCAUGUGGGAUGACAUGGGCACCAUGGGGCUAGUGUCGGCCACUGACUGGCAGCUGAUUCUGGCCUGGGUGCCCUACAUCAAUAGCAAGUUUAAGAAGGAUGACUAAUUAAACUGACCUCCUCACAGCCCUCUGGUGACUGGUGGUGCCAACAGCUUCCUUCUCAGCACCUGCUACAUCUGGAACAGCCCCAGCCUUCAGCAUGGACCGAGAGGAAAUCUACUGUGUGACUUAGGACUUUCUAUGUUUCUGAAAAUAACUUUGAUGUGUUAAUGCAUUAAACCUUGCUCUGAAACCUGAAAAAAA